AUCCCCCUCCGAUCUGCUCUUCAACAACCACGGACAUACUGGCGAUGAUCAUCUGUUGGAAAUCGAAUCGAGAAGAAAAGGUCAUGAUUGCAUAAACGCUGCCCAGACAGCUCAAAGGGACGGAAUAGCACAUCAGGAGUGAACCGGUGCAUUCGCGAUUGAAAUCUGCAAGCCAACAUGUCUUCUAUGCGAGGUCUCGUCCAGUUCAUCGCCGACCUGCGAAACGCAAGGGCGCGUGAGUUGGAAGAGAAGCGUAUCAACAAGGAACUGGCCAAUAUUCGACAGAAGUUCAAGGAUGGAAAUCUGAAUGGAUACCAGAAGAAGAAAUAUGUUUGCAAGCUGCUCUACGUUUACAUCCAAGGUUACGAUGUUGACUUCGGACAUCUCGAGGCGGUUAACCUCAUCUCCGCCAACAAAUACUCUGAGAAGCAGAUUGGAUAUCUAUCCGUCACGCUGUUCCUACAUGAGCAGCAUGAGUUGCUGCACCUAGUCGUGAACAGUAUCCGGAAAGAUCUCCUGGAUCAUAACGAAUUGAACAAUUGUCUGGCACUCCAUGCGGUCGCCAACGUCGGAGGAAGAGAAAUGGGGGAGGCUCUGAGUGCUGAUGUCCAUAGGCUUCUGAUCUCACCCACCUCGAAAGCCUUCGUGAAGAAGAAGGCAGCCUUGACCCUCCUCCGCCUCUACCGCAAAUAUCCCGAUAUCGUACAAAACGAAUGGGCCGAACGAAUAAUCUCCAUCAUGGACGAUCCUGACAUGGGAGUCACACUGUCCGUGACAUCACUUGUUAUGGCUUUGGUGCAGGACAGGCCGGAACAAUACAAGGGUAGUUACAUUAAGGCUGCGCAGAGAUUAAAGAAAAUCGUGGUCGAUAACGAAAUAUCUGCCGAUUAUCUCUACUACCGUGUGCCCUGUCCCUGGAUUCAGGUCAAGUUCCUGCGUCUACUUCAGUAUUAUCCUCCUUCUGAGGACUCUCACGUGCGAGAGAUUAUCCGCGAGUCAUUGCAGCAGAUACUGCACACGUCGAUGGAUGCGCCGAAAAACGUCCAGCAGAACAACGCUCAAAAUGCCGUUCUCUUCGAAGCAAUCAAUCUUCUUAUUCAUCUUGAUACAGAACAUAAUCUCAUGAUGCAGAUAUCUUCCCGGCUCGGGAAGUAUAUCCAGUCGCGGGAAACCAACGUGCGAUACCUCGGACUCGAGGCGAUGACCCAUUUUGCGGCAAGAGCAGAGACUCUUGACCCCAUCAAGAAGCACCAAAAUAUCAUUCUCGGUUCUCUGCGAGACCGUGACAUCAGCGUACGUCGUAAAGGUCUGGACCUUCUUUAUAGUAUGUGUGACACUUCGAAUGCGCGACCAAUUGUGAAUGAGCUUCUACGAUACCUUCAGAGCGCGGACUACGCUAUCCGGGAAGAAAUGGUCCUCAAAGUAGCAAUCUUGACGGAGAAAUACGCAACGGAUGCUCAAUGGUAUAUUGACAUCUCUCUUAAGCUGCUUUCCAUGGCCGGUGACCACGUGAGCGACGAGGUCUGGCAGCGUGUGAUUCAAAUUGUUACGAACAAUGAGGAACUGCAAGCCUAUGCGGCGCAGAAUCUGCUGGGGUACCUGAAAGCAGACUGCCAUGACAGUCUGGUGAAGAUCGGUGCCUACGUCUUGGGAGAGUUCGGCCAUCUAAUCGCAGAAAAUGCGGGAUGCAGCCCGAUAGAGCAGUUCUUGGCCUUGCAGGCUAAGAUGCUAUCUUGCUCCGAUAACACGCGGGCAAUGAUUCUCUCAUCGUUCGUUAAGUUCGUCAACCUUUUCCCUGAAAUUAAGCCCCAGCUUCUGCAGAUUUUCCGUCUGUACAGUCACUCUCCAGACCCGGAGUUACAGCAGAGAGCAUAUGAGUAUCUCUGUUUGGCUACCAUGCCAACAGACGAUCUCCUCCGAACUGUCUGUGAUGAGAUGCCGCCAUUCUCCGAAAGGGCGUCCGUACUUUUAUCACGCCUACACCAGAAGACUGCCGGAACGAGCGAAAAGAGAACGUGGGUUGUUGGUGGAAAAGAUGCCAACGCGGAUCAGAAGGAGGUUGCGCUGGCGCAAAGUGCCGGACUGAAGCGUUCUUUCACCAACGCUGCCAAUGGGGCUGGAAUAAAUGGAAGCUCAAAGAGUGGUGCAGCCGCCAACGACCUUGCUGGUUUAGACCUCAUGAGUACCACCGCCCCUGAGACUCCUAACAUGGCCAGCGCUGCCCACCUCAGUCCAGACUGGGAAGUUGGGUUCAACAGACUGUACUUUGAGAACGAGGGAGUGCUUUUCGAAGACGCACAGAUCCAGGUUGGAUUCCGAUCCGAGUAUCGGGCCCAUCUUGGAGUGGUAAAGCUGUACUUCAGCAACAAAUCUGCCUACCCCAUCGGGUCAUUUACAACGACCAUUGACAACCCAGCGUCUCCCAAUCUCAAAAUCGAUACGAAGAACCUUCCUGAGCCAUCGGUCCCGGCGGCUGCUCAGACACAGCAGACAUUAACAUGCGAAGGUCGAGGACCUUUCACUGACGCGCCAACCAUCCGAAUUUCCUAUCUCGCUGGUGCACUCCAGGCAUACACAUUGGCAUUGCCCAUCCUGAUGCACAGAUACAUGGAACCAUCGGCGCUCUCUGCGGAGGACUUCUUCAAGCGCUGGCGUCAAAUAGGAGGGCCGCCUCUGGAGGCGCAGGUUACUUUCGGUGUGACAGGAAAGGGACGAACAACAAACGAAACCUUUACACGUAGAGUCGUGGAGGGGUUCAGGUGGAAGAUUCUCAAUGGUGUCGACCCGAAUCCAAAGAACAUUGUUGGAUGUGCGGUCUAUCAAGUGGAGGGUGGUAAGACGGGCUGUUUGUUGCGACUUGAGCCCAAUUAUGAGAAGAAUAUGUACCGAAUCACGGUCCGUGCUACCCAGGAGCACGUUGCCCCGGCAUUGGUCAAGCAGAUGGAACAGAAACUUUCCCAAGGUAUACCGGAAGACCGUUUAUGAGAGGACAAUGUGCCAAAGGAUCGGGGAAGAUCCUCUACAUUUUGCGCUUUCUUUUAUUCUUUCCAUAAUACCGAGCGACUGUUCCCUCUGUUGAGCUGGUUACUCUUCUUUCUCUUUUCUUGCUUUAUCUACCCCCGCAUUGCAGCGAGCGUUUUGCCCCAAUUCCUGGUCUCGUCGCGUUGCUCUUCCGCGCGCGAUCUGAAUUUUCCCAAUCCAUUG